AUGCCCUCAUAUGCUAAGUUCCUGAAAGAAAUUUUGUCAAACAAGAGGAGACUAGAAGAUUAUGAAACUGUGGCAUUAACAGAGGAGUGUAGUGCUCUCUUGCAGAAUAAGCUCCCACCAAAAUUGAAGGAUCCAAGAAGUUUCUCUAUUCCUUGUCAUAUUGGGGAUACUAGUAUUGACAAAGUAUUGUGUGAUCUUGGAGCUAGUGUAAGUUUGAUGCCACUCUCUAUUUGUGAAAAGUUGAAGGUUGGAGAAUUGAAGCCAACAACCAUUUCUUUGCAACUGGCUGAUAGACCUAUCAAAUAUCCAGUCGGAAUUUUGGAGAAUGUACCCUUAAAAGUUGGGAAAUUUUUCAUUCCUGUGGAUUUUGUGGUUCUUGAAAUGGAAGAGGAUAUUCAUAUACCUAUCAUUUUAGGAAGGCCAUUUUUAGCCACAGCAGGGGCUAUAAUUGAUGUGAAGAAUGGUAGAUUAAUAUUAAAAGUUGGGGAAGAGGAGGUGGAAUUUAAUUUGAAUCAAGCUUUGAAGAAACAUCAUGAAGUUGACCCUUGUUUAAGGGUGGAUGUUAUUGAUGAGAUUGUGGAAGAAGAAUUUAGGAAAAGAUAUCCUGAGGACCCUUUGGAGAAUUGUUUGGUACAUAGUAGAACAACAAAUGAUGAAAAUCGUGAAGUUGCAGCUUUUGCUCAAAUUUUGCAAGCUACUCAAGAAGUUGUAGGAGAUCAAGUUUUGCAAGUUGAGGAGUUAAAACAUGAAGUUGCACAACCACCUUUGCUAGAUGAGAAGGAAGCACUACAGGUAGACCUCAAACCACUUCCAUCUCCAUUAAGGAUUCUUUUAGAAGAUAAUUUUAAAGCCACCAUAGAACAUCAAAGAAGAUUGAAUCCUAAUAUGAAAGAGGUGGUGAAGAAAGAACUCUUGAAACCGCUUGAAGCUAGGAUCAUUUAUCCUGUUUCUGAUAGUAGUUGGGUUAGCCCAGUUCAUGUGGUACCUAAGAAAGGAGGUAUUGUUCUUGGACAUUUGAUAUCACAUAGAGGAAUUGAAGUGGACAAGGCCAAAGUAGAAGUGAUUGAGAAGAUGCCUCCACCAACUGCAGUGAACGGAAUUAGAAGUUUUCUUGGGCAUGAUGGUUUCUACAGGCGAUUUAUAAAGGAUUUUUCAAAAAUUGCUAAACCUCUUACAAAUUUGUUAAAUCAUGAUGUUCCUUAUAAUUUUGACCAAGCUUGUUUUGAUUAUUUUAACAGGUUGAAGGAAGCUCUAGUAACAGCCCCUAUUAUGCAACCUCCAAAUAGGUCAUUGCCAUUUGAGGUUAUGUGUGAUGCUAGUGACUUUGCUGUGGGAGCUGUACUUGGUCAGAAAAAAGAGAAGAGGUCUUAUGCAAUCUAUUAUGCUAGCAAAACUUUAGAGGAUGCUCAAGUAAAUUAUGCCACCACUGAGAAGGAAUUUUUAGCUGUGGUAUUUACUGUGGAAAAGUCUAGAUCAUAUCUGAUUGGAUCAAAAGUGAUUGUCUAUACAGACCAUACCGCCAUAAGACAUUUGAUGAAUAAAAAAGAAGCAAAACCAAGACUGAUAAGAUGGAUUCUAUUGCUACAAAAGUUUGAUUUACAAAUUAAAGAUAAAAAGGAGCUGAAAAUGUUGUAA